AAGGGGGGAGUCUGCCCCCUCCCUCCCACCUGGCCUCCACCCCCCCAUUCAGAGCAGGAGCGGCCGGCGGAGGCGAUGCAGCUCGCGGGGAUCCUGUUGCUGCUCGUGCCGCUGCUCGGCCCGGCGGCGGACGCGCAGUACGAGAAGUACAGCUUCAGGAGUUUCCCGCUGCGGGACGUCGUGCCGCUGGACUCGGCGUACGGCCACGCGCUGGAGCAGUACGCGGCGCAGAACUGGGCCGAGAGCGUCAAGUUCCUGGAGCUCAGCCUGCGGCUCCACCGGCUGCUGCGGGACAGCGAGGCGUUCUGCGGCCGCAACUGCAGCUCCGCGAGCCGCGGGGACGACGGAGGCGGCGGCGCGCCCGCGGACUCCAGCCUGCGCGUCGUGCGCCACAUCCUGCUGAGGGCCGCCUGCCUCCGGCGCUGCAAGGCGGACUUCCCGGUCUUUAAACUGGCCUAUCCGCGGAGGGAUCUGCUGGAGAGCUUCGAGCAGCGCGUCCCGUACCGGUACCUCCAGUACGCGUACUACCAGCUCAACAACGUGGAGAAGGCGGUGGCGGCCGCUCACACCUUCCUGAAGAAAAACCCCAAAGACCCUCACCUGCUGAAGAACAUGAACUACUACAAGUCCCUGUUUGAGGUGGAGGACUAUCUCAUCGACCACGAGGAGCAGCCCUACGAGGGCGUCUUCGUGAAGAGCGUGAUGCUCUACAACAGCGGCGACUUCAGCAGCAGCGCCAGGAUCAUGGAGCAGACCGUGGCGCUCUACAUGGAGGUGUACGGCCUGUGCUCGGCCGGCUGCGAGGGCGCCCACGAGAUCCUGGAGUUCAAGGACUUCUACCCGACGCUGGCAGACCUCUACGCCGACGUGCUGCGGUGUAAGGUGAAGUGCGAGGAGCAGCUGACCCCCAGCGUGGGGGGCUUCUUCGUGGAGAAGUUCGUGGCCACCAUGUACCACUACCUGCAGUUCUCUUAUUACAAACUGAACGAUGCCAAGAACGCCGCUCCGUGCGCCGCCAGCUACAUCCUGUUCGACCCCACGGACCAGGUGAUGCAGCAGAACGUGGCGUAUUACCGCUUCUACCGGGAGCAGUGGGGCCUGAAGGACGUCGACUUCCAGCCUCGACCCGAGGCGCUGAGGUACUUCAACCAGACCACCAAGCAGAAGGAGAUGCUGGAGUUUGCACUGAACUAUCUCCAGACGGACGACGAGGACGUGGUGAGUCCAGAGGAGUUGGGCGCCACCCGGUCCGGGCAUCCCGACGCCGAGUUCGAGGGGAUGGGGGAUUACGAGGAGAGCUUCCUGUCUGACUGGUGGCAGGAACCCAGAACUAAAUGGGACACCGGAGAGGUGGAGAACUGACGUCCGCCCCCCCCUCAGGGUACCCCUCCCAGCGGGAACAGAACUCAGCCACAUGCCGUCUGUCUCACCGUUCUGAGGGAUUAGAGGACAGGAGUGAUGAUCCAGAUGGACGUAUGGCGUCUCGGCUCCUCGGCCUCAUGAAACCCGUCACUGAAGGCUGAAACCUGCUCAUGACUCUUCUCUGGUUUUUAUUUAAGGAAAUGUGUGUGGGGAAGCAAGGGGGAUGUUCAGAAACCAA